AUGGGAAGGGAAAUAGUUUGUGAAGAGUCCCCUAAAGAGCCAAGCAAACGUAGUAGAUUAUGGUCACAUGAAGACAUACACAAUGUGCUGAAGAAAAAUGAGGGAACAGAAGCAAUUCAAGGCAUGGUAAUGGAUUUGCCGGAAUUAGAAAUGGCUCAUUGGCACCCAGAAGCCUUCUCAAAUUUGUCUCAACUUAUUCUUCUCCAUAUUCGUAAUGUGAAUCUCUCGAAGAGCCUCACUUGUCUGCAAGGCAGCGAAGAUCUUAGGUGCUUGGUUGUCAAUUUUGGCGAGAGAAAGAAGAAGGAUGACGAGAGACUGAGAGAGUGUUUGGAGAAGUUGAAGCUCAUCAAACUCUGCCAUUCCCAUAACAUUGUCAAAACGCCAGACUUCACGGGCGUUCAAAAUCUUGUGACUUUAGAUCUUGAAGGAUGUAUAAAUCUGACCCGAGUUCAUCAAUCCCUUGGAUUUCUCAAGAGGCUGGUUGUCCUGAAUCUUAAAGACUGCAAAAGUCUUGAGAGCCUGCCAGGUAAAAUCGAAUCACAGUCUCUUGAAACUUUUAUUCUUUCUAGCUGCUCAAAGGUUAAGAAGAUCCCUGAGUUUGCUGAGAAUAUGAAACAUUUGUCGACGCUUUGUCUCAAGAAGACUGCCAUAAAUGAACUACCUUCCUCGAUUGAAUACCUCAGUGGCCUUGCUUCUUUGGAUCUAAGCAACUGCAUAAACCUUGUUUCACUUCCGAGCACAAUUAAUACGUUGAAGUCUCUUAAAAAGCUUAAUCUUUCUGGAUGCUUGAAACUUGGCCAAAGCCAUGCAAGUGUAACAGAAUGGAACGAUAUUCUAACACAUGGUUGUGAAGUGGUUUGGGAAUAUUUCUCAUGGUCCUUGUCUUCUGUAUGGAUGCAAAGCGACAAUACAGAGCCAACGAGUAUGCCGUUGUCUUUAUCUGAUCUGUGUAGCUCUACAGAGCAAAGAAUGAACAGAUCACUGAGCAAGCGGUUGCCUUUAUUUGGUCUUUGUAAUUUAACAGAUCUAAACCUAAGUAACUGCAAUCUUGGUGACACAGCAUUUGCCAACAACUUCAGAUGCUUUCCCUCUUUACUGGCAUUAAAUCUCAGUGGAAAUAAUUUUUCUAAGCUUCCCCCAGGCAUCAGAUCAUGUUUGAAACUAGAGAAGAUUAACUUGGAGAACUGCAUGAAUCUUCAAGAGUUGUCAGGCCUUCCUUCAAAUAGUACAUUGGAUAUAAGAGCAGAUGGUUGUUCUUCACUGGAAAUGUUGCUUCAUGCAUUCAAUUUUGAUAGAUUGAACAUAUCAUAUUUGAAUUUCAUCAACUGCUUCAAAAUAAAGGACAAUCAAGGCUGCAAUAGCAUAUCAUUUGAAAUACUGAAGUUAUUCCUUUGCCAUGUACUUCUAUCUCUUCUUUGUAGGCCGGUGUGA